AUGAUAGACCGCAAGAUACGAUGUGAUCGCGGAACGCCCACCUGCCAGAACUGCGUCCGCGCCCGGAAGCAAUGCCAGGGUUACGGCCUCCGCCUGUCGUGGCCAGGGAUACACGACCGCAAACGGGCUGUCAGAGGACACCUGCCUGCAGUCAGGUCACAAGCAAACCGCGAGUUGAACCACCGUCUAUUCAUCAACACUUCAUGGUGGGACAUUGAGUUCUUCCGUCACAUAACGUCAAACGGAACGACGCCAUUUCCACUCCUGGCUCAACCAGCUCAGCCUUUGUGGAUCCACCCACAGCCUGGACUGAAGCAGACAGACUUAGUUCACUAUUUCCACAAUGCCGCCCAUCUGUCACUAGUCACCUUCAGCUCCAAGACCCUGUCGAUUCGAGAUGUGCUUAUUCGUAUGGCACUCACCAAUGACAAAUCACCCGGAAGAGCACUUCUGUAUGCGUUACUAGCAGUUGCCUCGCUACAUAGGAGUGGACUCCAAAGCGAGGCUGUUCAGUUUAAAGUCUCUGCGCUGGAUGCCCUGGCUACUUCUGCGAAAGCAGGACUACAAGACUGGGCUGAGGCUGCGCAGCAUAUCCAACUUCCCUCAGAGAGCUCAGGCGAGUGGCUCUGGUACGUACAAGGCGCGAUGAGGAUCAUCGAAGAGACCAACCUCGAAGCGAAAUCAGACGAUAGCGGUGUCGGGGAACUUCUCGACUGGGUCUAUUAUCACGACUCACUCGCCCAGUUUGCCAAGAGACACUGGGGCCACAGUACGGUGACACGGGAUACCAGGCCAUCAGGCCAGUGCCCAUCGCUGGCGAACGGAAGGCCAGGCCACUAUCAACGCCACGCUCCCGCAGUGCUCAACCUGCUAUGCGAAGCCUGCACCACAGUCCUCGACCCGAUCGAUCCCCGAAGCCGCGAGGAGGCAUACAAAGCCCGCCUGCAGGGCCUGCAGUCCCGGAUCAAAGAGACGUCCAUCGCACCGCCCGCUGCGAAAAUAGACAUCAUAGAGACGGGCUUCAGCACGGAGCUCUACCGGAUGACCACGCUCAUCUACCUUGUCCGCGCCUCGCAGAGCCCCUGGGAGGCGUCGUCGUCGCCGGAGCUCGACGCCCUCGUCGACCAGGCCUUCUCCGUGCCGCUCCAGAUGCCCGCCUGCGACCACUUCUUCCCGCUGUUCAUCCUGGGCUGCGAGGCGCGGACGGACGGGCAGCGGGCCACAAUACUGGGCAUGAUCGAGCGGACCGAGAAGGGUCCACAUGUCCGGAGCAUGAAGCGCCUGCAGGCCGGUAUCCAGUCGGUGUGGGCGCACCACGAUCUGCAUGCUGACAGCGACGUGGUUGUCAACUAUGUCCGGAUGAUGAAUGCUGUCAUUAGCUCUCAUAGCACUCUGCCGUCGUAUGUGUAG